AAGCGCUGGUACCCGUUGAGAAAAAGGGAUCUAUUGACAGAGAUGCAACUCUUGCUCGGUUAACGACAGAGAAGAGAUUGUCGCUAAUCAAAGCAUGGGAAGAAAGUGAGAAAUCAAAAGCUGAAAACAAAGCUCAGAAAAAGCGGUCUGAAAUUCUUGCAUGGGAGAACAGCAAGAAAGCAAGCUUGGAGGCUGAGCUAAAAAGGACUGAGGAGCAAUUGUUGAAAAAGAAGGCCGAGUACAUUGAGAAACUGAAAAACAAGAUUGCUCUAGUCCACAAGUCAGCAGAAGAAAAAAGAGCGAUAACUGAAGCUAAACGUGGAGAAGAUCUUCUUACCGCAGAGGAGAUGGCAGCAAAAUGUCGGGCCACUGGAAGUUCUCCAAAGAAACCACUCCUUGGAUGUUUCUGAAGUGGAAAAUACUAGACUUGUAUCACUGGUUAUAAAAGUUGUAUAGUGAAGUUUGUGGAUUGAGAAUUUCUUUGCAUUAGAAACAUUGUGUGCUUAUGCCUUGUGGAAUCUAUUGCUUUCGUUAUUACGAGUGCAUAACAAUGUAUUCGAGUGUAUAUAAAAACUGGUGAAAAUUAUCU